ACCACCUACUGGGCAGACCAUCUCCCCUCACGCUGUUCGGGCCACGAGCAUAACUCGGUCCCGCCGCCGCGAGGAAGUUCCCCUCGACGCUGAGAUCAGUUAAGGCGAUGCUGAACAACUGCAGCGCCUUCCCCAUCCCCGCGUUCACAGCAGGCGUGACCACCACGCACAGACAGUUUGACAGUGAAAGGCAAGGAGUGUUAUAGUGUCAACUAUAGCGAAAGGCAGAGUGUAACUCGUGUCCCUGGGAGGUGCAGCGGGGGACCCACAAUACACCACCUGCUGAGCCAACCACACUACCACCGCUACCACUGCUACCGUCCGGCCUACGUCGCUCAACCUCUGUCAGGUCAUCGAUACCACAGAAACUACUGAUGGUUUAACUACACAGGCGAUCGGAGUGUUUGCAGUACCGAACCAAGAAGCCCUCUAGUCAGCCUUAGUCGUCAGCGCCCACAGGCACAGCCCCGUUUGAGGAUGCCGAGGGCCUUUCUGCUCACUAACAACCGCUACUCGCCUGACGACCCUCCGCUAGAAUCCACCCUUGAGGAUCUUUCUGCAGCUCCUCCCGCGGACCCACCGGGUGUGGAACUUCCUCCUACGCCGACCUCCACGCCCUCGCCGACCGCAGGUAUGGGAGAGGCGAGUGUGAUGUACAACGUCCCGGGGACGGUGCCCCCCAUGUCGCCGCCGCAGGGCGAGACCCCCUGGCCGCCUUCACCCGCGGGGCCUCACGAUUCCCUCACGCUGCUCGCUGACAUCGCCCUUGUGUGCGCUGACAAGCCCUGGCUGGCGGCCUUGCGACCCGAGGACCUUCCCGCCCGCUACACCACGCCUACGCCUGCGCCGACGCCCACACCCGUCAGAGACACAACCACACCCGUCCUCGAACUGGACGCCCACACUACCAUCAUCACGGUCGCGCCUCAGGCGGAGCAGCCCCUCAACCUGAGCACAAGCCCCCCUCGAAGCCCUGCCCCCGCAGCGCCCACGCCCCCUUCCACCCCUCCUCCACCUGCCGUCCGGGACGCCCACGUGUGUCCUGAGUGUGGCAGAACUUACUCGACGUCGUCCAACCUCGCCAGGCACAGUAUCAAGCGACGGUGCGUUGUUUAUAAGCGAGAGAGACAGCAUGUAGUAGUAAUGAUGGCAUGGCUAUCAAACGGCAGCCGAAGAAGCUAUGCACUCACCUUGACACCCUAUCCCCACAGGCAGACUCACCGCUCGCCGGACGACAAGCGCGCAGCUCGCAAAUGUCCGUAUUGCGAUAAGGUGUACGUGAGCACGCCCGCCUUCAGCCAGCACAUGCGCACCCACAACCAGGGCUGCAAGUGCCCCACCUGCGGCAAGUGCUUCUCCCGCCCCUGGCUGCUGCAGGGACACAUCAGGACACACACAGGAGAGAAGCCCUUCCGGUGCAGCAUGUGCGGGAAGGCUUUCGCCGACAAAUCCAACCUGCGCGCGCACGUGCAGACUCACUCCAGCGUCAAGCCUUUUGCCUGCACGCGCUGUGGCAAAUCCUUUGCUCUCAAGUCCUACCUGUACAAGCACGAAGAAUCGUCCUCUUGCAUGAAGCUGCACCGCGCCCUGGGACGUGGUGCAGCCCCUUCCCGCCCCGCAACACCCACAUCCACACCCACUGUCGCCACCCACACCACCGAGCUCUCGGGGGCAACGCCCGUCCACCCGCAGCAAGCGCCCACGGUCCAGCCCAACACGAGCGUCCGAGCGACCACACGGGCCAUGCACACAGUCACCAUCCUGCGGUCCGCGUCGCACGUGGCCACCGCCCGUGUGCACUGAGGCCUCAAGUCUGGCCACGAGGGCCCCUAAGGCGCUCCACUUGGCUGGAAGCUUAUCAGGAUGUGGCGGGUCGCCGCCGCUGGUGGUGGGGGUCGGUGCAAUAGUGCCUUGGGAGUGAGGCCGGACGACGGCAAUACUUAAUCUUUACUAGUCGCUUGUCAGGGACUAAGAUUUACUUCGUAUGUGGCUUUCAAGCCUAUGGGAUUCCUUAAUUCGGAUUCCAAUGUCAUAUCAUGAGAGAGAGAGAGAGAGAGAGAGAGAGAGAGAGAGAGAGAGAGAGAGAGAGAGAGAGAGAGAGAGAGACUGUAAGGGAGAGAGCCAUGGGGGACCAGAAUAAUCACAGUCUGUGCUCAUUGAUUUCCCUAGAGUAAGUCGAUUAGAUUUUAGUUUGAUACUGAACCUAAGAAAUAUUCAGAUUAUUAAAUAAUGUACAUAGUUCCUAUCAUUUAGAUGAAAAUCUUAUCGGAAAUGCUUAGCAUAAACUGUAACUUCUACUUAGAAAGUUUGAUGGCUAGGAUCAUAUUCUAAUGUAGAACUGAAUUUUUGUAUGAUUAGGCAUGGAAAUUGAUAAGUUUUGUUGAGGGGGAGGGGGGUACCAUGGGGUGGGUAGAGAGAUAGGUGCAUAAACGUAAGUUUCGGAUGGGGCAUCUAGUCAUUACGGUAGCGAAAUAUGCCGCAGAUACGUCGGGCAUAGUAUGCACUGGGCGUCAAGCCAGGCAUAAUAUUGUAGAUAGUAUUGUAGCAUCACAACAAGUAUUUCUGUUGUGCUGCAAUGUAAGCCAGAAUGUAGUGUAAUUUGGGCAUCAAUUUACGUCGGGCUUCGGAGCGCCUAACGAGAUUCCUUUAAUGCCUGUAGUACUGAUUUGUGGGACCAUGGAGUAUCUUGAUUUUUUUACCCUUUCUAUUGAUUUCUAGUAAAAAAAUAAGUGGAAAAAAAACACUAAAAAUGUAAGAUAGAUGGUAAGUUUGAUCAUGUACAUGAGUUAUGCUUAUUCAGAAUAUUAACGAAACCCAUUGAAUUAUGAAAGUUCAGAAAAUUGUGGUUCAUUCAUAGUGAUAAAGCUAACUAUGUAAUCAAACAUGUUAAUACGUGAUAUUUGCCUGAAUUUUAUGUAUCAGACAUCUCCAUUAGUUGUGAGAAAAUGAAUUAUCUCUUUUGUAAAUAGUGCAUCGCUCUGUAACUUAACUGAGAAACAAUUGUUGUUUCCUGAUGACUUUGGUACUAUGCUUUAAAUAUCUAUUUAUUUAUCAUAUUUAUACUCAACUUUUUAUAUUUAGUUCCUUUUGUAUUUAAGUGUGUUUGUGUGCAAUGCGAGUAUACUAUUAAAUAUAGCUGAAAAUA